AUGCAGUCAGUCGUCUUCUUUCUGGCCGCUAUUGGUGCUGCUCAAAUCGUUCCCAAGAAGAAGCCUGUUGAGAAGAUACCGAACUGCCGUUGGGGCUAUUUUCCAGCUGAUGGCACUCGAUACGAUCUUGCAGCAUUCGAAUCGAUCAUCUACUACGAAUUCAAUGUGCCUGCAGGACCAUUUGACGGAGUGCUGAACAAGACACUGGUAUCCUCUAAAGAAGUCACUGUCAAUAAAAAGUCUCAAUCCAACAAAAUCAAGCACGCCAGCGAACUGGUAUAUCUCUUUGGCCCAACACCUACUAGCGCAAACACAGCCCCCAAGGAUACGCUUUACGCAUUUGACGCCUGCAAAUUCGCUACGGCAACCAAGGGACGAGGUCUUCUUUUCUCCAAGUCUGACUGUCCCGAUGGCGUUGAAGGCUUUGUCAAGAUGAUAACGUACUGGGAUGAAAUUCCUUCUGGGGACCUGUUUGCACCUCACCAGGUGCUUGCUUCCGACUUUUCGGAUCCCAAAUGCCCUGCUUUGUUUCCAAAACCGAAACAUAAUUAG